CACCACUUUCCCAUCUUCAUCUCCAUCCCGUCUGAUGCUUCCUCCGUCCUGUCCGCCUCCUCGUCUCCUUCUUCAUCUCCCGUCUUUGUCCGCCAGGUCAUUUUCCAUGAGGGUGUAAAUGAGCUUUUUCCUCAGGCAAACAAGAUGCCUCGCUCCUUUCUGGUGAAGCAGCCCAAGGUUCACGAGUCCUGGCCGUGCAACUAUUACCAGGAUUCCUGCUCCGUGACGCAUGCCAUCACUGACUCUACCUCCGACCUCAAUGUCCGACUCAGCGAUAAUGGCUACAUCCGUGAUUACAUCAUCCCAUCCGUGAUGCAGAACACAAAGAAGUCCAAGCAGGCGUCUUCGUGUUUACAAGAAUGCAUCGGCGGAAGCAGCGGGGACGAGUUCUCCGACCACGACACGGACGAUCCAGACAGUCCGGGGUCCAGCACCGGCACAGUCGAGUUGGACUGUAGCGGCGCAGAGUUGGAGGCCAGCAUCAUCAAUGCCUUCCUCGUGUCGGACGGACGCGCCCGCCAGAGACGACGGCGCAAAGAGGCGAUCGCCGAGGGCGCCGGGUCAGCGGGGCGCGGUCCCCGACCCAAAACCAAAGGCCGCCACGCGUGCGGCGAGUGCGGCAAAUCAUACGCCACGUCGUCCAACCUGAGCCGACACAAGCAGACUCACCGCAGCCUGGACAGCCAGCAGGCCAGGGAGUGUCCCACCUGCCACAAGGUCUACGUGUCCAUGCCGGCCCUGGCCAUGCACAUGCUGACCCACGACCUCAAGCACGCGUGCGACGUGUGCGGAAAAGCCUUCAGCCGGCCCUGGCUGCUGCAGGGUCACAUGCGCUCGCACACGGGAGAGAAGCCCUUCGCCUGCGCCCACUGCGGCAAAGCCUUCGCCGACCGCUCCAACCUCCGCGCUCACAUGCAGACGCACUCGCCAGCCAAGCACUACUCGUGUCAGCGCUGCUGCAAAAGCUUCGCACUCAAAUCCUACUUAAACAAGCACUGUGAGUCCGCCUGCUUCCGAGGACCCCAAGCAGAGGAUGACUGCAACUGACUGACAAGAACUCGUCCUGCACAGACGAGAACUGCCAAUACUGCCAUUGGUACUGCAGUACAGGCUCCUCAGGCGUAUCACAUGCAUGCAUCCUUUCAAGCAAUAACACAAGUCGAUAAUAAUCAUUUUUACCUAACUCGCUAUUUAUUAACGGAACAAUCAUUUGUUUGUGUAUUUAUUUUCUUAUUUAUUGCUAUUUAUUAUUAAAUGGAUAUCUUCUUUCAGAGCCAUGAUUUGUUGGGAAGAAAAGCUGUAAUAAAUGCAGGGUUAAAUUCCUUCUCUCUGGUCGGACUGGUGACGACAAUAAAGAUGAUGAAAAUGAA